AUGCCAGUUCAAGAGAGCAGGGUCACCAAAUCCAAAGCACGGCGAUCUCAAACGCCCGCACGACGCGUCUCCGCCAUCCAGAAAAAUCUCCCAUUAGUCGAGCGCACAAACGCCCUAAGUAUCGAAGAAUUCAUCUCUUCUUACGUGUCUCCACAUAAGGAUGCAUCACCCACCAAAAACCCACCGGCCAGCAAAGAGACAGUCCCGGAACUACAGCCCCUGCAGAACUAUGCAUCCCAAAGUACGUCGCUGGCCGUAUACUCCGCGGCAACUAUCUCCACUGCAGACCUAGACGCCUGUCUGGAUCUCAUCGAGCUCACUUCUAGCGAAGCUUACGCUGCCUCCGGCGUAGGCUGGUCCCGACCUAAAAAGCGGAAGGAAAUGAAGCUGCCGGAUAUGAAGUAUUUGAUUUUGCGCGACUGUUUCGCGUCUUCGGCUGAGAUGCAGCAACCUGGUGCCUGUGCCGAUAAAGCCGACGAGCCGAAGACUACGGGAAGCGCGAAUGCGAUGGGUAGCCCCGAUGGAAGUGGAAAUGAAUGGGUUGAUGAUAAUAAUAAUGUUCUUGGAUUCUUGUCGUUCAUGAUUACUUAUGAAGAUGGGAAAGAAGUGGUUUACUGUUACGAAAUCCAUUUGUCGGCUGCUGCCCGGGGGCGCGGGCUUGGGGGUUUUUUGAUGAGUCGGAUGGAGGAAAUCGGUCGAUCAAUUGGAGUAGAGAAGGCUAUGCUUACGGUUUUUAAGUCUAAUGUGGCUGCGUGCAGGUUCUAUGAGAAGGUUGGGUAUGUCGUUGAUGAAUAUUCCCCCCAGCCGCGGAGGUUGCGGAAUGGGACGAUCAAGGAGUUUGAUUAUUUAAUUUUAUCGAAGUCGUUGAAGUGA